AUGGACAGCGGUGACAUCAUUCAAUCCCUCCGGAGGCUCAACCCGACUGACCACGACCGGGACUUAUCGGAUGUUCUGAGCUCAGCAGGCAAUCUCGUAUCACUUCCCACCCUCGCCGCGCCAUCCGCGGCCCAUUCAACCACGCCACAUCUUCCCAACUCGUCCUCGAACUCGAAAUCGUCGUCAACUCCCUCAGGGACAUCGGCCGCCCUCAACCAUCUCAAGUCGGGCGUAGCCGGUGGGAUCGCAGGAUGUCUUGCCAAAACCCUUGUUUCUCCGCUCGAUAGGGUCAAGAUACUCUUCCAAACGGGUAAUCCAGAUUACGCGAAGUAUAGCGGAUCGCUCGGGGGAGUUUUUCGGGCUAUCGGAGCUAUUUGGAUUCAAUCUGGGAUCAGAGGACUCGUACAAGGACACUCUGCCACUUUAUUUCGGAUUUUCCCCUAUGCUGGCAUCAAAUUUAUGUCCUACGAUAUCUUACACAAGUCCUUAAUGCCUGAUGUUAAUGCGGAAACGGCUGGGAGAAGAUUUAUGGCAGGCGCCCUCAGCGGGGUCAUGGCCGUCUUUGUCACUUAUCCACUCGAAAUCGUUCGAGUUCGAACAGCCAUCCAGAUCAGGAAAUCUGGCGCAGAAGUCGUCAGAGUAAGAGACGUCGCCCGAUCACUUUAUCUUGAACAUCCUUCCGCACCUUCAAAGUGGGAUACAAAGUUCUUUGAACGUUUUCCAGUCACUAAGUUUUACAGAGGCUUUGCACCUACAAUUUGCGGCAUGGUACCAUAUGCAGGAACUUCAUUCCUAGUAUGGGGAACACUGCAGUCAAGACUACCGAGCCAUCUACCCAGCACGAUCAGGGACAGCGUGGUUGUGAAUCUCUUAUGUGGUUCAAUUGCAGGGAUGGCAGCCCAGACAGUCUCAUAUCCGCUGGAAAUCAUCCGAAGGAAGAUGCAAGUCGGAGGACCAAUGUCUCAUCGGACGAUCGCACAGACUGCCCAUCUCAUCUUUAACACUCAGGGAUUCCGUGGAUUCUUCGUCGGCUUAAGUAUCGGUUAUUUGAAGGUCAUUCCAAUGACUGCUAUCAGUUUUGUAACGUGGUCCAAAUUGAAAAUCCGAUUUGAAUAA